AUGUCAGAUUCUAUUCGCCGGAUAACUCUUCCGGCAGAAAACGUAGGCCAGAGCUCAAGGACUAGAAGGUCAGCGUCCCCAGGCGUUUCCAAUAAGAAUCGCUCGAAACCGUCUAAUCAUGUUUUCGAGCGAAGCUUCUCAGACUCGAGUGUCCAUCGCCGCCGCGACGGAGACGGUAAUAGCCCACGGCGACCAUCGCGGAUGAGGUCUUUCCAUACGGAAGAACCCGACCCGGUCCGUUACUUGCCUAGGAUCCACUCUGAGAAUUUCGCUCGUUCUCCGUCGUUUUCUGGCUUAUCUUCUUCGCCGUCGUUUCUAUCUCGGAUCAUUGAAGAGGGUAAUAAAAGAGGAUCACAAAAAGUAGUGAUCGACGUAGCAGUAGAAGGAAGCCCUGGACCUGUAAGAACAGUGGUUAACAAGUGCUGCAACGUCGAAGAAACGAUCAAGCUCGUCGUGGACAAAUACUUCGAAGAAGGACGAUCACCGAAACUCGAUCGCGGUUCUGCCUUUGAAUUGCAUCAGUCACAUUUCAGCAUCCAAUCUUUGGAUAAAAGAGAAAUAAUCGGAGAAAUAGGAAGUAGAAGCUUCUACAUGAGAAAGAGAGAUCAUGAAACCGGAGAUUCGUUUGCCGAGACUGCUCCGGUGAGGACGACCUUUGUUCCGUCGCCGAGUUUGAUCGAAUUGUGCAUCGCACAGAUAGUUGGGAAAAUCAUGAGGAGAACGAGAAAGAUAUGGAACAUAUUGGUUUGUGCGGAAUGA